AUGGCGCUCAACCCCAUCCCCCUCAACCAGUGCGCCUGGGGAGACUAUCUCUCCGCACAAGAGGCAAGCCUUCCUCAUCUGGCAGAUGUUGAAGUUGUUACAGACAGGGUGAUUCGGAUCAUGGGCGGCAACCCGGGAGAGAUGCAACUCCAGGGGACCAACACUUAUCUAGUUGGUACGGGGAAGUCCCGUAUUCUUAUUGACACUGGGCAAGGCAUUCCCAUCUGGGCAACCAAUAUCACCAAGCUGCUCAAAGAAAAUAAUCUCGAAAUCUCACAUGUCCUUCUCACACACUGGCACGGAGAUCAUACAGAAGGUGUGCCGGAUCUCAUCGCCUAUGACCGUCGCCUCACCUCCCGGAUUUACAAAGCACAGCCCAGCCCCGGUCAACUCCCCAUUGAAGACGGCCAAAUCUUCCGAACAGACGGUGCAAUUGUACGCGCAGUAUUCACCCCUGGCCAUGCGGUAGAUCACAUGUGCUUCAUUCUCGAAGAGGAGAAUGCUAUGUUCACGGGAGACAAUGUCCUCGGCCACGGCUACAGUGUGGCGGAAGACCUCGGUGAAUAUAUGAAAAGCCUCGAGAUCAUGCGCGAUCAAAAUUGCCUGUUCGGAUAUCCGGCCCACGGUAUUAAAAUUCUCAAUCUGCCCCGGACCAUUCAAUUAUACAUUCGGCACAAAAAGCUUCGCGAGCGCCAGAUCUAUCAUGCACUGACGAAAGUCUCUCGUACCGACGAUAAUGCCAAAGGCAGUUUGACAGCCCGGGAACUGGUCCAUUCUCUUCACGGAGAAAUUCCCGAGGACCUCUUCAAGAAUGCGUUCGAGCCAUUUAUGACUGAGUCCUUGUGGAAGCUUGCAGAAGAGCGCAAGGUCGGGUUUGAGGUGGUCCAGGGCCGACGGCAGUGGUUUCUGAACAAGCGCGUUUGGGAGGUGAGCUCAGUGGCAUAA